CCAGCCACUGGGAGGCUGGUCAUUGGAAAGCUGUGAUGUCGAUCAAACACUGGUCAGGGCGUGAGGCGCGAGCCGCCCUUGGCUUGUGCGCGCUCGGGGUUGAGGGGGGUAGAGCCUGAGGUGGUCCCUUCAUGAGCCACUGGGACGGGCUGUUUUCUCACGGCACCGUGUACAGCGCCGAGCACCGGGCGGGGUCUGUCUGAUGCCUGCCUCCUGGGUCCAAGCACCUCGUCGCCUCCAGCAGUGCGGGGGGCAGGCAGCUUUGCAAAGGGAUGGAGCAUGGCGAGGGCCGGGGGGGCCUGGAAGAGAGGCUGAGGAAACCCUAAAGGGGAAAAUAUAAUGGCCCGUCAGAGAAUGAAAGUCUGAAAGAGCGAGUGCUGUAGAGGGAAUUAAUUACAGCCUUUUUUUUUUUUUUUUAAACAAGGGGACAGUUACAGACGUUGUCCUGUGCUGGAGAAAGAAGAAAAGACUCAAUAUAUGGACCGAGAAAUGGGGCGCAAUGAGAGCAGGACAAACAUGGUGACAUUUGUUUGGCCUCUUCACAGCAUUUUGAUUCCAUUUUUUUUAAAAAGCUGCUGCUUUCUCACGAGUUUGAAAUCGUGGCUUGUUUUGACCUUGUCUCCCCUAAGACAUCCAGUUCUGCUUUGGAGGCUAUGUCCGUUAUUAACUAAUCUAACCACUAUUUUGUAGUCUGGCAUGUUAAGUAGGUGAGGGGAGAAAGAGGAAAGAGGUGAAGAGCAGAAGGAGAAAUGUGAAAGAGGGACAGAGCAAGGAGACACAGACUGACUUGUAGGCAUUAAUCACCACAGUGCUCAUAAGGGGAUAGAUACUCCAUUGACAGUGACAUUUGCUGAUAAAGUAUCAAUCAGAAAAUCUUAACAUGAUUUAAGGAGUAAAUUACUCUACAUUUACACAGUGACUUUCUGUUUGAAGGAUUCCAAAGCAGUUUACAAGCCUGUACUUUGAAGAGUAUAAACUGUAGCCACGUCUCAAAUGUUCAGGCAGUAAACUAGCAUAAAGCCAUGAGGAAGAAAUGAAGUUUUGUCUUGGCAGAUUAAAGCAACCCCAGUAUGGUUUCAGGGCCUAGUAGUAUCCACAACCUUUCAUUUUCCUAUGGUAGGAAUAUUGAGCACCAUGCAGUUAGAGCACUAUGAGAAUGCAAACAAUAUUCUUUCUUGUAUGACCCUAUAAGCCAAGAUCUGGGGGCUGCAGCCUCCUUUCACAGCAGAGAAAGACUGGAGAGAUCUGUAUAAAUGGAACCUGGUCCUGAAACCACUGCUGAGCAUAGCACUUAACACUGCACGUUGCCCUGGUGUAGCAAGAAGUGUGGCCCGACUCACCUUUCUGCUGCCCUGCAAGCCGCAUAUCGAUUUGCAUCACUGCAAGGACCCAUCUUGCACUCCUUGAAGUACUUUUCAAUUAUGCUAUAAAACAAGGACAAGGAGUCAUCAUGGAAUUAUACCAAGCACUUCAGUGAGGGUCAACAACACCUAUGUUAGUGACUCAUUAGCUGCUCCUUUGAAUCGUUUAGCUCUCAAAAGGCAACAUGGCUUUCACAGGCAAAUAUGAAGUGGAAAGUGAAGAGAAUUAUGAUGACUUUAUGAAGCGCAUUGGUCUCCCCAGUGAUGUCAUUGAAAAGGGAAGAAAUUUCAAGAUAGUCACUGAAGUGGUACAGAAUGGAGAAGAAUUCAUUUGGUCUCAACAUUAUCCAGGAGGCCAGUCCAUGACCAACAAAUUCACCAUUGGCAAAGAAGCAGAAAUGGAGACAAUGAGCGGUAAAAAGUUCAAGGCAACAGUUAAAAUGGAAAAUGGCAAAGUGGUGGCAGAUUUCCCCAACUAUCACCAUACUGCAGAGAUAGCUGGAGGAAAGCUACUUGAGAUUUCUGUUGCUGCUGGUGUAACCUACAAAAGAAUCAGCAAAAAGAUAGCUUAAUACAGAAGAGCCAGUCUUCCAGUGCACUGAGAAUUGAGCAACAGAAUAAUCAAUAAAGCAUGUUUUAGGAA